AUGGCCAUCACUGUUGGUGUCGCCGGUAUCACCGGAAAGUUUGCCCGCCGCGUUGUUACUCACUUGCAGAAGCACUCGGACGUCAGUAUCCGAGGCUUCUGCCGCGAUCCCAGCAAAGUCCCCGAGCGCAUCUCCUCGUCGCACAAGGUGACUCUGUUCAAGGAAGAGGCCUUUGACGUCGAGGCUGUCCGCGCCUUUGCACAGGGCUGUGACGUGCUGAUAUGCUGCUACCUGGGCGAUGACAAGCUCAUGAUCGAUGGCCAGAAGGUCCUGAUCGAUGCCUGUGAGGAGCUCGGCGUCCCCCGGGAGUACCUAGCGACGAAGCAGAAGGUCAAGGGCGUGCAUAUUCUGGUCGGAGGCUUUAUGGAGCCUGUGCUGAGCCCCUUCUUCAACAUCCUUGAUCCUCAGACCAACACCUUCCGCUACUGGGGGGAGGGAGACGAGGUCAUGGAGGGAACCACGUACGAUAAUGCUGCUGAAUUCACCGUGGCGGUGGCACGGGAUACCACGGCCACUGGCAUCGUCCGCUUCCUUGGCGGCCGUGCCAGAAUCUGCGAGAUCGCCCAGUCGUACGAGAAGGCGUACGGUGUCAAGGCCGAUCUCCAGCGAUUGGGAUCCUUAGAUGAUCCGUACAAACUCAUGCACGAGAAACGCGAGCAGAAUCCCUCCGACAUCUACAGCUACAUGUCGUUGUUUUUCUACUACUACUGGGUCAACGGUCAGACCCUGGUUGGCCCCGAGACGGACAAUGCCAAGUACCCCGAGGUAAAGCCUGUCAGCUGGGAAGGUUUUAUGUCGCAGUGGCCGUUGCAGCAAUUGCCCACAGCGUACUUUGCUCUGAAUGCUUAG